AUUAUUCUAACAACCUGGAUGGACCACAUCCAGGUUUUAAACUCUUCAAACGUCAAAAAACAAAAUAGUUUACAACUGAUCUACACUGCAGGGUCCGACUUGUGCCUGCUGUUGAUGGUCUGGCUGGGAAUACAUUACAAUAUUUUAGACAGAACAUUAAUAAUGUAUGUUCAGAUGUAUUUAAAUGUUGACACAUGUGUGUUUUUAAAAAGCAGUUGUAGUAUUUGAUUUCUGUAAUAACAAAAUAAAGAUUUAUAGCCAACACACAAAAAUAUCUUGCUGCCUGCCUGCCUGCCUGCCUGCCUGCCUGCACGGGAAAUCUUCAUGGCAGACAUCUCCAUCUCGCCCUGUGCUAUAAUUGAAAUGGCGCGUUUUGCCAGAGGCAGGUUGUGAGGGCGCUUUCUGCAAUAGCAGAAUGCAUGUCUAUAGACGUCAUUUGGUUUUAAUGGCCUACAGGAAAUUUGGCGUUACAAUACGAGACAUUAGCGAGGGGAGAAAGGAAAGAACACAGCCGCAUGAAAACUGUUUAUAGAGAUCUGCAUAUUCAACAUCAGCAUUUCCUAUAGACACUUUAUCAACAAGUUACACUGCGCUUCAAUAAUCAUAAAGUACAAGAGAUGCGAGAAACGUGAUCAGCGUUACUUAUCUGGGAACUGGAAAUGUAUGCCUAGUUGAAAAUGCCUGGGGAAAUAUUACAUCAGACGAAAUGACAAUGAUUAAAAUCUGUUUUUUCUUCAGUAAGUCUAUUGAGCGACGUGACAGUGACCUGACUACAAUAUUAAACCGUUAUCCCCCAGCAAAGGAGAACUUAAAACCGUUAUAAUGGUUUAAUUAUUAGUAUUAUUGUUUGUAUUUUUUGUAGUAAAAAGGGGGAGAUUACCAAAAAAGGUCCAGUCUUCAUCAGCAUCCUGGGAAAAGAAAGAAAAAUAUCAAAUUUUCAUCGCGAAAUUAGCUUGGGCGCGAGUAGGGUUGAGCUAAUUGCUGCCUAAUCCUUGCCCCGAAGGCGUUUGGAAAGCCUUGAGCAAGAAUUCGUUUUUAGCUCCCCUCUGUUAUUUAGAGACGGAUUAUUGGCUUUCUUCUUCUCAUAACAGCCUCGGUAGUUUCAUUUUAGCAAAAAGAAAGAGAGGACGCUCCAAAGAAAAUCGCAGCAGUCGCCAACCAUCUGAUAUUAAAAAGUCUGUAGAAAUACGAGCGGAAAAGGAAGGAUACAUUUCUUCUAUGUACAACAAGGAGGGAAGAAGCAUGUCCCGUCUGUCUUUGACCCGGUCCCCAGUUUCACCGUUGGCUUCGCAGGGAAUCCCACUUCCUGCUCAACUCACGAAAUCCAAUGCUCCGGUCCAUAUCGAUGUUGGAGGGCACAUGUACACUAGUAGCCUGGCAACGCUCACCAAAUACCCGGACUCCAGAAUAAGCCGCCUGUUUAACGGCACUGAGCCCAUCGUGUUGGACAGUUUGAAACAGCACUACUUCAUCGAUCGAGACGGGGAAAUAUUUCGGUUCAUUCUCAGCUUCCUGAGGACGUGUAAGCUGCUUCUCCCAGAUGACUUCAGGGAUUUCAGUCUCCUGUACGAGGAGGCGCGGUACUACCAGCUGGCCCCCAUGAUCAAGGAGCUGGAGCGCUGGAAGCAGGAGAAAGAGCAGCGCAAGUACUCCCAGCCUUGCGACUGCCUGGUGGUACGCGUGAGCCCCGACCUGGGCGAGAGGAUCGCGCUGAGCGGGGAGAAGGUGCUCAUCGAGGAGAUCUUCCCCGAGACGGGUGACGUCAUGUGCAAUUCGGUAAACGCUGGCUGGAAUCAGGACCCCACUCAUGUGAUCCGGUUUCCAUUGAACGGGUACUGCAGAUUGAAUUCCGUGCAGGUGCUUGAGAGGUUAUUCCAGAAGGGUUUCAGUGCAGUUGCCUCUUGCGGUGGUGGCGUGGAUUCCUCGCAGUUCAGUGAAUACGUGCUCUGUCGCGAAGACAGGAAGUCACAACCUACAGCCACCACCAUCAGAAUAAAACAGGAGCCCCUGGACUGAAGAGCCAUUGAAGAAAGUGCAAAACACUACAGGCAGGAAACAGUGUUAACGUAGACUUUUUUUUUUUGUUGCCUGCUGUUAAACAGAAAAAAAAUGUAAUAAACUAAAAAAAAACACACAAACUGUACUGCUCAGCAACACACACUGCAUUAAGGGAAUGUAAUUUGAAAAGUUGCAGUGAUGGAACAAAGUACCAUACCAUACUGGGACAAUGUUGGACUAUAUAAAAAAAAAAGAAGACCAGGACACUGAAGACAAAAACAUCAGCUCUCCGUAAUCAUUUCAAAAUUGUGACCUUCUAUGGCGAUGCACACAAUAGCCGAAAUCUCAGCUGAGGAAAAAUGGAACUUCUCCCCCAGUCGCUCGUUUUGUAUGAUCCUGAGUGUCGGUCCGAUUUUUGUUGUCUUUGCAUCAGUUUUGUUCUGCAUCCAGGAUGUCCGAAGAACUUUAAUGUCCCCCCCCA